AUGACAGAAAACACCAAAACACACGUCAUCCUGCUGUCCUGCGGCAGCUUCAACCCCAUCACCAAGGGCCACCUCCAUAUGUUCGAAAAAGCCAGAGAAUAUCUGCACAAAACGGGUCGCUUCAUUGUGAUCGGAGGAAUCAUCUCUCCGGUGCACGACUCCUACGGAAAACCUGGUUUGGUGCCCAGCAGACAUCGUCUCACCAUGUGUCAGCUGGCUGUCCAGUCCUCUGACUGGAUCAGGGUGGACCCCUGGGAGUGUUACCAGGACACCUGGCAGACGACCUGCAGCGUGCUGGAGCAUCACCGCGACCUGAUGAAGAGAGUCACCGGCUGCAUUCUCUCCAACGUCAACACACCAUCGACGACUCCUGUGAUUGGUCAGCCACAGAACCAGACUCCCCCCAACUACCAGAACCACAACAACAUGAAUCACAAGCCCACAGCCAUCAAACUGUGGGGGAAGGUCAGUGAGAGUUUUGGAAAGAUCUGCUGCGCCCGUCCUCACAUCGAACGCUUCACCUUCGUCGAUGAAAAUGCUAACCUGGGGACUGCCAUGAGAUACGAGGAGAUUGAGUUACGCAUCUUGCUCCUGUGUGGCAGUGAUCUCCUGGAUUCCUUCUGCAUCCCUGGUCUGUGGAAGGACAGUGAUAUGGAGGUGAUCGUGGGAGAUUUUGGGAUCGUGGUGGUUCCUCGUGAUGGAGCCAACACAGAGAAGAUCAUGAAUCACUCCUCCAUUCUCCGCAAGUUCAAGGACAACAUCACCGUGGUGAAAGAUGGGAUGAGCCACCCAAUGUCCAUCGUCAGCUCCACCAAGAGCAGACUGGCCCUGCAGCACGGUGACGGCCAUGUUGUGGACUACCUGAGUCAGCCCGUCAUCGACUACAUCCUGCAGAGUCAGCUGUACAUCAACGCCUCCGGGUAG